UAUACAUUUCCAUGUGCUCUCUUAGCAAUUUACUGUGAGUUUUCCGAUCCUUGUGUUCACGCAAAUAUUGACCAUAAUUCCUUCUCUCUUUCUCUUUCUCAGAUCAUCUUGUCUCAUCCGCUUUUUCCCCAUCACUUUUUGCUUUGCAAAUCACAACCCUUUUACCCUUUUCGUUUAAUCUUCAUAUACAUCUUCCGAUCAGGGAUUAAACUAGAAACAAAGUCAUCAAUGAGAGGCACUAUGUAUAGCAACACCGUCUUACAGGGACAAGACCUUUGGCCUAUAAGGAAGACUCUCACGUCAUCUGAUGUGGAUGUCACUCACCCAUUCCUCACUCUUCCUCGACAAGCAGUUGAAGAUCAUAUUCUUGUACAUUUAACACCGUUUGAUCAAGACCAUUUAAGAAGCAUACAUCAUGUAACCAUUAAUGUUCAAGAUGAUGAUAAUGGUGAUAAGUACCAGAUGAAGCUGAAGUGGCGUGGGAGCUAUUACAAUCUUAUUGGGAAAUGGGGCAAAGUUGUUAGAGGGAAAGGACUUGGUGUUGGUAAUGAAAUAAUGAUUCGUUGGGUUAAUGGUUGGUUGCAUUUUACUGUCCCUCAAGAGAUUAAUGUUCGUUUAGUCCAACCACCCCAACCUGUUGUACCACUUCAAGAGCCACUUUAUUGGCCUAUUAAAAAAGUUUUGACAUUAUCAGAUGUAGACACUAACCACCCUUUCCUCCCUUUGCCUAGACGACCUGUUGAUGAACAUAUUCUUGUUCAUUUAACAGAACAAGAACGAGAAUGUCUUAGAAAUGAUGAACAAGUAGAUAUGACUGCACGAGAUGAUGACACGGGAGAACUUUAUCAAAUGAAGCUGAAAUGGCGCGGGAAUAAUUAUAAUCUUAUUGGGAAAUGGGGAAAAAUCAUUCGGAGGAGGGGACUUGGUGUUGGGAAAGAAAUAAAAAUGCGUUGCUGGAAUAAGUGUUUACAUUUCUCAGUUCCACAAGAACAGAUUGUUGCAAUACCCCCAGGAUUAGAUUAUUGGCCAAUUAGAAAGGCUCUAACAUUAUCGGAUAUUGAUACAAAUCACCCGUUUCUCACGUUACCUGGAAAGGCUGUUGAAAAUAAUAUUGUAGUAUAUUGGCCUCUCCAAGCACGAGAUCAACUGAGAAAUGAAAGGCAGUUAACUAUUAAUGCUCAAGAUUACGAUAAUGGUGAGCUUUAUACAAUGAAGUUGAGAUGGCGUGGGAGCUACUACAAUCUUGUCGGUAAAUGGGGUAAAAUUGUUCGUGAAAAGGAGCUUACUAUUGGAAGAGAGAUUAAAUUACGCUGGGAUAAUGGGUGUCUGCUUUUUUCAUUUCAGAUAUAAUGAAGCAAAGAUGGGGACUCUCAAAUUAAAUGCCAAAUGACAAGCUUUACUAAAAUUUCACUGGUUUCAGGAGAACAUCUUGAAUCAUAAGCAAGAUAAGGUGAGUAAUAAAAGUCA